ACGACAUGUACCAUCCAUUAGUUUUGAAGACCGGCGUGGUGCUGAAGACAAGAUGCAGUUGUCUUAUUGCAGAAUGGGGGACCGUCAUCUUGCACAAGAACUGAGGCGUUGGGCGACAGAGGAGUUCGGUCUACCUCAACAGAGUCUCCCUAAUGACAGCUACUUCAAAACGCUGUGUGUUGGUUCAGGCAAGUCAAUAUGGAAAUAUAUCAUCCAGCACGUUUUUCAUCAAAAGAAUGUCAGGAUAAUGCGUGGAAAUCUUCAAUGGUACAAAGUGCUUCAAGACAAGGAGUUGAAGCAGGCGGAGGGCCAGAGUAAGGCGGCUAAGAAAAAUGAGAUUCAAGAGCAGAUAGAGCAGCUAAGACUUGAGAUCAGUCAACUGGAUUCUCAGAUCAGUGGAACAGAGGACCAGCUAGCCACAGAAGAACAUGCCAUCAAUUGUACCUGGGCGCAGGGGGAGGAGAGCCGGCGCAGGGAGCUGCUGCUGCAGGCCUUCAGACAGCGUUGCUUCAUGGAUCGUCAGGUUCUACGUGAAGACACAUGCAAAAUAAGUGGGCAUUGCCAGGCUAUGGAAGAGCUAGCCAGAAGGGCAGAGGUUGACAUGUUGUUUGGGAGUACGCCUUUUAACUGCAGUGGUGAAGAUCACCUUGCCUACUCCUCACCGGAGCCACAGAUCCUGCGUGAGUUGAGGGAACUGUGUGAUGAGAGGGUCGUCUUCUUCCAGUCUUUACAAGAGAGUGAACUGAAGAGAGCAUCCCCAGCUACUAUACAUAUGACAUGCCAACAGAGGGAUGCAGUGUUCAAAUAUUGGCUAAGUACUGUGGAGGAUGUGUUGCAUAGUUAUCCUCCAAACCAAGUCCUCUUAGCGCUGCAAUAUUUAGCUUCCAGGCAACAGAAGGAACUAGAGGAGAAAGUAGCUUCACUGGAUGUCACACAAGAUGUCACAGCUCUUCGAUUCCGCUUUGAUAGCAAUCACCUACUGGAUGUCUCCAGAGAAGAAGAGCAAGAGUUGCCACCUGUAAAGAACCUACUACAGUCAGCCUGGGAGGAGGUGGAGGAGAAUUUGAUCGAGUUGGCUCAGGCACGCUCCAGGAUCCAGCAGCUCCAAAGCCAGCUGCAGGCCCAGAAGAGGGACGCUCAGCAGGAAAUGUCAGGCCUGGAAGAUGAGCUCCACUCUGAUGCCCUUGCACUGUCUGUGUUAGAGGUGGAACUCCAAUGUGUGAUGCAGGCAGCAACCAGGGACUUUAUCAGAGAACAGUGUCUCCAUCUUGACCAGCAAGCCAAGAGCCAACAAAAGGCAGUUCAGAGCGUCCAGAGCCAAUGGCAGGGAAUCCUGGAUUUUAGGCAGCUUGUGGAUGCCAGACAGGGGCAGAUCAAGGGACUCAUUAAAGGGAACUCCAUGGCCAAAACUGAGCUGACACGUCUGCACAAUGAGUUAGGAGAAUUUGUACAGGGCAGGCUGGUGCCAAAGUUUGGAGAGGUCAUCACUGCAGCCAGCAAGCUACGGAACUCUAUUUUCCAGGAAGCCAAACAGUUUGCAGCAGUUUCUCUCCUUGCUCUGGACUACAGGACUGUAGAGGAAUUGCAAAAAAUCCCAGCAUCGUGGUUAUCCAUCCAUCGUCUGCGGUCCUCUUCUUUCCACAGCUUGUGUCAGAGCAUGUCAUUCCCACUGUACAGGGCUCCAGAGGAGUUGUGCUCUCAGGCUUGUUCCCAACACCUUGAGUUAAGCCUUCUUCGCCAGUUGCUGCAGCUUCACUCCUCUGCCCUACAGAAACUACAGAAACAAAUGGAGCAACUGCACGCACCUGAUCAAAAAGCCUUGCUGUACAGAGUCAGAGAAGAGGACCAAAGGCUUCUAAACACUUUGGUCCCCAGGGUCCAAACGCUCGCCCAGCACUACUCUAUGGGCCUUUCUUACAGCAGCCACGUCAAAACUGCCAUCUCACACUGGUGGAAUCAACCAGCACAGCAUGUUGUACCAGAGAUGAUUAAUGGAGGACUGACUCUACGACAGUGGCUCCAGAGGUGGAAGCUAGCUGCCAAGGCUGCCAAGGGAAUUUCACAUAAAGUAAUCUAACAGAGUCUCUUUAAAGCUGCAAAACUACGAGGGACUAAAUGUCAGAGGACUAUAACCAGACUUAGACUAGAAAUGUACAAAUAUGUUAGAGAUUGGCCAUGCAUAUAACUUAUACUGCCUUUUAAAAAUAGUCUUUUAUAAGCAACUAAUUCAUGUUGGUUUUGAUGUUUAACUUGUGUAAUAAAGUAUCAAUAAAAUGUUCUUGACUUGAAAUGCACAAAACACUAACGGAUGAUUGUAACACUGCCCCUUUUUUUUCACCUUGAAGAACCAGUGCUGCAUUUUUUCUUGUGGCAUCUGUGUGAGAGAGAGAGAGAGGCUGGAAAUUAUUACUUACCCGAUUUUCUCCGCUCAGUGACACUGACCACCCGAUCAUUGAUCAUGCAGUUGCAGAGCACAGCCAAGUUUUGUAGC